AUGACAGCUCUCCCAGACGAAAUGGCGGUUAUUGUCACUUUACUAUUAACCCAAAUGAUGCCAUUGGCAAGUGUAACCGAUGCCAUACUGGCCAACCGAACAUGUUUCCGAAGGAAUGACGCCAGGCUUGUACUCGAUGAAGACUCCAAGAAGGACGCGUUCUUAAUGUACGCCUUCCCGCCAAAGACGAAAUUCUGGUUGGGACUGCGUUAUGAUGGUAACCAAUGGACAUGGCCAGGAGGCUACUCAGCUGGAUUCACGAAAUGGGCUCCGGGUCAACCGAAUUACCGCACGGGAAAUUGCGCCUACGUGCAACUAUACCGAGGACUUCAAUCUGCAUGGUUCACUGACGACUGCGACAACGACCACAAUUAUAUCUGCCAAGCGAAGCCAUGUGAUUCAACCAAGUAUUGCCCAGCUGAGUAG